ACGACGAAAAAGAAAAAGAAAAAAAAAAGAAGAAAGAAAGAAAAAGAAAUCGGUUAGAAAAAGUGUUACCGAGAAAAAUGUUGAUCCUUAUUUUUUUCACCUGUGCUAUCUUCUGUCGAGUGUCAUGUCAAGAAAGACCUACCCUUAUAAGUCCAGAAGGAAACGAAAUUAUUAAAAAUGCUGGAGAUCCUAUAAUAUUUUCUUGCAUAGGUAAUAAGAAAAUUUUCUUUUACUAUCCAACGAAUUACGGAUCGGACGAAGAAGUAUCCAGAAAGGUUAACAUCGUUAUAUCAUCGAAUAUAGAAGAAAACGAAACUAAUACAAUUGAUGGAAGAAGUAUUUACAAUUUUUCUCGACAUAAAUCCGUACCUGGUGAUACGGGAUGGUAUGGUUGUUCUUAUCGCAACAGAACAAUCACUCAAAAGGAUUACGACGAUUUUGAAUUUAAUUGGGUUUACGUUUACGUGGAUUCACCUAACAGUGCGUUCGUCGAAAACGUGGUAGAAACUGUGAAAGGAGCAACUGGUACUAUGGCUUUUAUACCAUGUCGACCAACUUUGCCAAGCUUGGAAGUUACUUUAUUCGAUCAAUUCGACGAAAAAAUUGAAAUAGACGAUAAUAUCACAUACGAUCCAAAAUUUGGAUAUAGGAUAAACAAUCUUAGUUUGCAUAACAGUGGCAUUUUUAUAUGUUCAAUCACGAGAGGCGGUAAAACAUACGAGGUCAAUUAUCAUUUGGAUGUGUUUAUCAAACAAAAUGUGCAUGAACCAAAAAUCAUAAUGGAUACUUUAAGGCACGUGAUUUAUGGUCAAACUUUGCGUGUUAAUUGUACGAUAGACUUGCAGAAAAAGUUACUUCCAUUUCAAUUUAAAUGGAUAUCACCCACUGAUAAUACACGAAUGAGCCAACGUCAGGAAAUCAUAAAAACUGAACCGAAUUUAUUGCACGUGACCAAAGAAAUGAUCAUACAGAAUGUGAUGGAAGAGGAUGAGGGAGAGUACGAAUGUGAAAUUAAGAUUCAUGGAUCCUCUAAUAGAGCGAAGAUGAAUUUAACGAUACAUGAUCCAAAUGAAAGAUAUAUCAAUUUGACGUCACAAGAUUCAAACAGACAUUAUCUAAGGAAAGAAAAUAGUCACGUUGUAUGGGUCGUUUACUAUGAUGCUUUUCCCGAAGUUCAAUUAAAAUGGCUUUAUAAAGAAAAAGAGAUUAUGGACGAUUGGUUGAACUCGGAGGAAACAAAAUACGCUGUAAAUAAAACUCCUACGACAACGAUAUUAAGAGUCAAUCGAUUGAAACUCGAUGAUAGUGGAACAUAUAUGCUUGAAGCUGCCAACGAACUUGAAAAUAAAUCUCUUAAUUUUUCAUUGUUUGUUUUAGCCAAACCGACAUUAAUAUUCGACGAGAUCGAAUCGUAUUAUUCGCCUGAUCAAAUUUCCGAUAUCCAUUGUAGAGCGGUGGCUUAUCCAGAGCCAGAAUUUUAUUGGACUUUUCUAGAAUGUCCUUAUUAUCCGUCCCGGAAUAAUUCGAAUCUCAUUAAAUUAAAUCAUACGACGGAAAUAUUACCAACGCAUUUUAUUUCUAAAGUAACUAUGAAAAUUAGAAUGUCCGGCAUCAUCAAUUGUACAGCUUGUAAUUCGGAAGGAUGCGAUUCAAAUUUCAGUAAUGUUAUAGUGUCUGAUGGUGUCAAAGAAUUUGGUAUAAUAGAACCAAAAGGACCGAUUGUAGAAAGCGAUGACAUCGAAGUCAUUUGUGCUGCUUCUAUUUAUAAUUAUACGAAUAAUAUUUUAUGGUUGGACAGUAACAUGAAAGCGAUAUUAGAAAAUGAGAGAAUAAAAGUUUCUUACAAGACAACUUCGUUCACUCAUCGUGCGAUAUUGCAAAUAAAAAAUGUUCUUCCUGAUGACUCGAUGACUUAUUAUUGUAUUGGAGAAACUAAGGAUGGGAACAACACUUUUGAAUACGAUUUGGUGGUUAAUAAACAGAAAAAACCUUCGUUUCGUUAUAGUAAUUUAAAUGAGACCGAUUUGAUAAUCGAUUUCGGCAGAGAAAAUCACAAACUCAUUAUUUUGAAGUGCUAUGUAAAUGGUAUGCCGAAACCAAAAGUUGAAUGGUAUAAGGGUGACGUGAAAAUAAAAAACAGCGAACAGUACGAAUGUAAGAAAGAUAAUCAAGAACUUUACAUAAAAUUUGUUUUUGAAAACGAUAGCGGGAAAUAUUCUUGUAGAGCUGAAAAUCGUUUAGGAAGAAUAGAGGCUUAUCAAAAUAUAACUAUAAUGGGAAAAGAAUUACCUAAGGGAUUAAUAAUCUUAAUAGUCAUUUUGGUAAUCAUACUGAUUAUCUUGAUAGUGUAUUUUACAAUUAAAUUUCGUCGUGAAAAGAAAAUGAGAAAAGAGUUAUUAGAAACCGGUCUAACGCAUUUCGAGGAAGGUGCUCUGGAAUGUUUGAAUCCGGAAUUGACAGUAGAUGACCAAGCGGAAUUACUUCCUUACGAUAAGAAAUGGGAAUUUCCAAGGGAAAGGUUGAAGCUUGGAAAACAAUUGGGUAGUGGAGCAUUCGGGGUAGUUAUGAAAGCCGAAGCUCAAGGAAUAAGCGAUGGGGAAACUAUAACAACGGUUGCAGUCAAAAUGGUACGACGUACGACAGAUCCAACUUACGUUCGUGCUCUUGCGAGUGAAUUAAAGAUUAUGGUACAUCUUGGUAAACAUUUGAACGUCGUCAAUCUUUUGGGUGCCUGCACAAAAAAUAUUUGCAAACGCGAAUUAUUGGUCAUCGUUGAGUACUGUCGAUUUGGUAAUUUACAUAAUUUUUUAUUGAGACACAGAAUGGACUUUAUCAAUCAAAUUGAUCCUUCAACCGGUAAAUUUGAUCCUACGAUCGGUAUCGAUCGUCUCACGAGAACAGGCAGUAUUAGCAGUGAUAAUAGGAUAAAAUAUGCGGCAUUGUCAUUUUCUCGCAGUACCAGUAUAAAUUCCGGUUCCGAGAUGAUACACUAUUAUGCUCCUAAUACAACGGAUUCUCAAGAUAUGUCUAUGUCACCGGAUGGCUGUAUACUUAGCAAUAAUUCAUCUCAACCUGGCUGGAGAUCCAAUUAUCGUGGUGAUUAUAAGGAUCAUAAUCUAAAACCAAUUUGUACUCAAGAUCUUUUAUCUUGGGCAUUUCAAGUGGCUCGUGGUAUGGAAUAUCUUAGUCAGAGGAAAGUAUUACACGGUGAUUUAGCAGCAAGAAAUAUAUUACUUGCUGAGAAUAACAUAGUCAAAAUUUGUGACUUUGGUUUGGCGAAAACAAUGUACAAAGAUGGUAAUUACAAGAAGAAAGGUGAUGGACCAUUGCCCAUAAAAUGGAUGGCCAUCGAAUCGAUAAGGGAUCGAGUGUUUUCUACACAGUCGGAUAUAUGGUCUUUUGGAAUAGUUCUUUGGGAAUUCUUCACCUUAGCUGAAACUCCGUAUCCAGGUAUGGAAGCUGAGAAACAGUAUCAGAAACUUAUAGAAGGUUAUAGAAUGGAACAACCAGCGUAUGCCACUCCAGAUGUAUACAAUAUAAUGUUGCAAUGCUGGAAAGCAAAACCAACUUUGCGUCCAGGUUUCACGGAAUUGGUUGAAAGCAUAGGUGAUUUGUUAGAGGAAAGCGUAAAAACGCACUAUAUAACUCUGAACACACCAUAUAUGGAUAUGAACACGAUGAUUUUGGAUGGAAAGAACGAUUAUCUCACGAUGAUGUCCGCACCCGAUCACACAGUUCUAUCAUUGCCCGUUCGUGAUUACGUGAAUUCUCCUAUUUCGGAAAAUCCACCAGAUUCAGCAUAUUUGUGUAUGAGUCCGUCAAAUAACGGAGACGAGUCGGGUAUAUUUAGUCCUAGAAUGGAUUCCGAAAAAUUACAUUUCGAAUUUCCUUCAGUGACGUCUGAUACUGAGGAUGCAAUUGAAUUAUCACCGAUGUUAAAGAACGUAGAUGAUCAUUAUUUAAAACCGAUAAACGUGCACGAACGAAGAGCAGAAUUUGCUCGUAAACGACAAAUAGAAAACGUUAAACCGAUCGAACGAAUCAAUAGUACGGAUUCUGGUUAUUGUAACGCACCACGAAAUCUUCAUUUGAUAGAUUUAAACGGGAAAUUGAGAGAAAAUGAUCGAAAAGAUGAGGAAGAGGAAAAGGGGGAUGAAGAAGAACAAGAAAAAAACGAUCAUGAUCGGACGGAUUCCAUUCCAAAGAGAAAAGAAUACACACCAUCCAUUAUAAGAACUCAAGAUAAUUAUGUGAACAUGCCUAAACAGAAAAAUGAUUUAAAAAGGGAUACACCUGACAGCUUUAGCAAUCCCAGUUACAUCAUGAUGGGAAAAGAACUAAAUCAUUCGGUAGUGUGACUUAUUAAUUGAUCUUGUUUUUCGGAGAUUUAUUAAAGUGGACAAUCGAGAAUCUAUAUUUUUAAAUAGGAUGUUUUUUUUUUUUUUUUAACUUCAAAGAUAAUCGAAACAUGUGAAUAUUGUUUAGAAACUCGAUUAUGUUAACGCAAAUUUUUAUUGUAAUUCGAGUUGUUACUUAUAUCGUUUGAUGUAGAUUUCAUCAAAAAUUUCUAUCGAAUUACGUGUUUCAAGAUCAAUGACUAUAUUUUUCGAGAAAACGAUUUUAAUAUAGGAUAAGGUAUUAGAUUUUAGGGAAUCAUUGCAUUUGUCAUUUGUCAUUUGUCAUUUGUCAUUAAUAUCAUCCUCGCGAAUAUUUCCUCUUCGUUUAACAAUAAGUACAAAAAUUCGAUGUUUCUCAGGUACGCCCAAGGAAUUUUCUUUCCUUUUCUUUUCAUUUUUCUUUUUUUUGGUUUUAAAUAUAACUUAUAAAAUGAUCAAAUUGAUUUGUUUUUUUUUUUUUUUUUAAGAGAAAGAUUUUUUAUAUUUACCGCAAAAUCAUAAAAUCGGACACACUGCAUUAUAUAUUUUUU